GAUCCCACACUCUUGGGGGUAGUUGUCCCAAAGGCUCUUGUCUCCUGGGCUUCCCCCGGCGCAUGCGCGGCAGCCAGGCGGGCACAGCGGCGAGCUUCACCCCGGUCUACCGCUCUGGCUGGCGCUCCGGGGCGCGGUCGAGGAGGCUCCUGCGGAGAGAGAAGCAGGCAGGGAAGCAGGGAAGGGAGGGAGGCAGGCCCCGGGGGAAGGGCUGAAGCGGGGGCAUCUCCCGGCCCACAAGCCCAGGACCAGAGCCGACCAUGGGGCUGGAGAAGGAGAAAGCGGACACCAAGAUCUUCAUGGACGAGGACGACUUCCACCGGAGCGGCAGCCCGGCUUUGUCGGAGUCGGAGAAGAACUCCGAGAAAGCGCCCGACAGGGACCCACGCGGGCUCAACACGCACCUCAAGCUGGGAUUUGAGGAUGUCAUCGCAGAGCCUGCCUCCACUCACUCCUUUGAUCGCAUUUGGAUCUGCAGCCAUGCUCUUUUUGAGCUGAGCAAGUAUUUGGUCUACAAGGUCCUGACACUUGUCCUCGCGGUCCCCUUGGCCCUGGUGGCAGGACUUCUCUUUGCCCUGCUCAGCUGCCUGCACAUCUGGUUUGUGGUGCCCUUCAUAAAGUCUUGCUUGAUGGUCUUGCCCUCUAUACAGGCUGUGUGGAAGAGCAUGACAGACCUUUUGGUUGCACCUGUAUGUCGCAGCAUAGGAAAGUGCUUCUCUGGAAUCAAGAUACGCCUGGACCAAGAGUGAACAUCUGGGAUUUGACACGUCUCUGUUCUUCAGUCAAGUUAAACUUCCUUGCUGACAUAGCAUGAAGAUACUUAAGCGUUCAUUCCAAAACUACUACUGUUUAAAUGGCUGGCUGCUUGGUUUUUCUUCAGUUGGGUUGCACUGUUUUCUAGAAAGGAAGCUUGCUCUGGGGAUGGAGAGGUAUUGUUUGAGAAAAACUCUAGUCUUGUUUCUAACUGAAAAAUAACAAGCUAUGUUUGGAAACACUAUAUUUAAUGGUACUAUAUAUUGUCUGUUUCUCACAGAUGAGUCUUUGAGGACAUACAUGAAUGAACAGAUCAAAUAUGAUUGCUUAGAAAUAGCCUUUGUAGUAUAAAGCUACUAUGACGUAUGAUUAUGGGAACUUGCUGUGCGAUGUAUCCAGAUCUGUUGAGGUGCCCAGUUUUCCUGAAAGUUAUGCCAGCUUUUUAUCUAUAUCUCAAUGCUACAGAUAUAUGAAUGCAUCCAAAAUAUAGAUUACCACUCUUUGGAACCUUCCUCAUGUGAAUUCUAGUGGUCAUCUUUUCCACUUCCCUCAGUAGCUGGUUUCCUAUAUAAUCCUAUCAGCUUGUUGCAUAGCCUAUUAGUAUUUUUAUGCAUCUGCAGUGUUCCAAAUCCAGUGACUUCUAAUUGCAAGGGAUCCUCAGAAUGCUGGGUUCAGUCCAUGGGCAGCUAUAAUGUAGUCAAUACUGGGAGCUAAGAAUUUGAGCUAUAGCUGAGAUUUGAGCAGGAACCUAAAAUGCAUUGGUUGCAUUGAUCAGCCAUGGGCAGAAACUCAGGCUGAUGUUUAGAGUAGGCCUAACUAAUCCAGAAGCUUCAUGCUGCUUGCCAAUCACAGAGACCAAUGCUGUGUUUCCCUUCUUCAUUCCCAUGUUGAAUAAAGGCUAUAGGACAAUUGUGGUCAACUGUGUGGGGAAAGGAGAGAAUUCUCCCCCAAAUUAUGCACAGGCAGCAAACACACUACACACAGCAAGCCCUAAUAUCUUCUACCUUCUGUAGUCCUUCUCAAAAUGGUAACAAGAAUGACAUCACAACUUCUGACAUCGUUUUGAGAUGGAAAGUAGUACAGGGUUCUAGGGUGACUGUGAAAAUGGGGUGUGAUAUUUCUGUAUGUUUUCAUGCCUUUGGGAGGAGGCUUUGCUUUGGGAGAAAAAAAUGCCUGGAAAUUUGGGGGACCUUGGUCGGGGUCCAAGGGCCACAAGAGUAGGGUCCAGGAAAUACGCUUUGCCACCCUUCUGUGGAACCUAUGCACAGACAUUCCUGGGUAGUAUAUUAGACUAGGGUCCAGUCCUAGCUUGAAGAGUUCCUGUUCAGGCCUUGGAAUUUCUGACAAUAAGGAGCUCAACCAUACAAGCAUUAAGCACAUGUGAAGAUCUCCUCCUAAAAGAAGAAUGCGUAUAGCCUCUUGCCUUUCAUUCAAGUGAACAGAGAAGCCUUUUCAGUAACCGCAUGGUUUUUGGCAGGACGUAGGGUGACAAAUCACCAUCCCUCAGGCACGUAACAUACGUAACUGUGACCCAUCAUUGCUUCAUUCUGAAAGGUGUGUUUCUUUAAGGCAUCUUUUUUGAGCUUUAUUCUGUAUCUUGUUUAGCCUGCAGAGGAGAAGGCUGAGAGGAGACAUGAUAGCCAUGUACAAAUAUGUGAGAGGAAGUCAUAGGGAGGAGGGAGCAAGCUUGUUUUCUGCUGCCCUGCAGACUAGGACACGGAACAAUGGCUUCAAACUACAGGGAAGGAGAUUCCACCUGAACAUCAGGAAGAACUUCCUCACUGUGAGAGCUGUUCGAUAGUGGAACUCUCUCCCCCAGGCUGUGGUGGAGGCUCCUUCUUUGGAGGCUUUUAAGCAGAGGCUGGAUGGCCAUAUGUCGGGGGUGCUUUGAAUGUGAUUUCCUGCUUCUUAGCUGGGGGUUGGACUGGAUGGCCCAUGAGGUCUCUUCCAACUCUACUAUUCUAUGAUUCUAUGAUCUUGAAACUGUAUGCAUUUCUGCGAGGGAUAUGAACACACAGUUCCACUACGCAAACCUGUAUGAAGAAAGGGAAAUCAUUAAAUACUUUUCUCUUCUGCUUUUCAAAUUCUUAAGGACCUGAAGGAAAAUAAAGCAAUGUUACUACAAAACAAGGUGUUGGUUUGGAACAAGAAGUAAAUCCUGAGGCUUUAUUUAAUGAGCCCUCUGACUUUGUUGUAUAUACUUUUUUCCGACGUAAAUGAACUUGGAUGGGUUACCUUGAAGCACGGAUUAUUUUUACACUCUUGGUGUACUUGGCAAGUGGGCUGCUCCAGCUAAUUGCCCACUCAGAUGAUCUGAUACUGGGCAUGGAAAGGCUGUACCAUGAGCACAAGCCUGCAAAGUUUUCUACACAGGAAGAAAUGAGGAUCUUUUGAAUUAUGGUAUAUACUCAUGUAUAAGUGGACUUCAUGUAUAAACUGAGGGUAGAUUUUGGUGCCAAAAUUAUGAAUUUUUAUAUAACCCAUGGAUAAAUCAGGAGUUGUCCUGCAGAGAGGGGAAAGUGCCAGCUGCCCUAGUCAUUGCCAUCAUUUUCUUACCCAGGAUUUUUUUUUAAAAGGAAAGAAGUAGCACUGCAGUGGAGAUAGUAAGAGGCCAGUUCUUCCUUUCAGUCUUCUUGGGACAGAAUGAACUCUCAUCUUCCACACUUAACCCAGAGGUGAUGGUUCCUUCUUUGAUAAGACACAAUAUUAACUUUGGCCUGUGUUUUGGAGGUUUAUUUUUGAUUAAAGUUUCUAGACAUGUACAUGAGAAGUAUGGAGCUCCCGAUGGUGCAGCAGGUUAAACCACUGAGCUGCUGAACUUGCUGACCAAAAGGUUGGUGGAUCAAAUGUGGGGAGCAGGGUGAGCUCCCACUGUUAGCCCCAAUUUGUGGCAACCUAGCAGUUCGAAAACAUGCACAUGUGAGUAGAAUAGGUACCGCCCCAGCAGGUAAUUGUGCUUUAUUCAGUCAUGCCAGCCACAUGACCUUGGAGGCAUCUACAGACAAUGCCGGCUCUUCAGCUUAAAAUGGAGAUGAGCACCAGCCGCCAGAGUCAGACAAGACUAGACUUAAUGUUAGGGGAAAACCUUUACCUUUAACCUUACAUGCGAAUAUACAGUAUCCUCUGUAUCAGCGAUUCAGUGUGAAAUCCUUUUGUUUCUCAGAGGCUACAGUAUCCCAUGGAGAAUUAUAUGCUAUAAGUGUCUGAUCUCAGCAUAUUUUCUACAGGUAGAUAGUCUCUGUUCCUGGCAUAUGAAGUUUCAAUGUGCAAAGCAUUUGGCAUUUAUGGGAACUUGAGUAUCUAUAGUGUAAGGCCAAUGCAUGUCAAAAUGACUGGCAUUUGUUGUUUAAAUCAGUGACCCUUGGGCUACUGGUUUAGGGGAUCAGCAGUCUCCAUCUCCCCCAAAGUGCCAUUGAGUUCCUUGUUUAAUUUUUUCCCUGGAAACUUUGGCCAGAGACCCACACCAGUCCAAGGACCACUCCUUUGAGUGGCACUGAUCUAGGUUAUGCAAAACAUCAACUGAAAGACCUGUUUGUAUUUCAAAGCAAAGCAAAGCAAGCCAAAGACGUUGUACAAUUCCACUUUAAUAUCUAAAUAUUGUAAUACAGCUAUGCAACAGAUUCCAAAUACAGUAUGUAUGUAUUUUUAAAAUUAUUUUUAUUAAAAUUGUCUACAUAACUCUCAGAAUUUUAUGCUUUUGUACGUACCACAAUCACACAACUAAACCUUUUGCUGACACUUUCAGCUGGUGGGAUGUUCUCUUAUAAAAAGAAACAUGAACAUUAGGAAAUCCUGGUCUCAAGUCUUGAAACUAUAUUAUUUUAGAAACUAACAGAAAAAGUCAACUUUCCAUACAUUUACAAAAGAUUAGGGAGUUCAAUAGGCAUGUCAUAAAACAUGAAAUUUCCAUUCAUUUGGAACUCAAAUGUACUGCUGAUUUAAGAUUGUACUUUUUUGUAAAGGAUGUCAGUGUGCUGCAAAUUAAAAUACUUUCUUCAAAGUGUUACCACUUUAAUUGAAUAUUUUUAGAUUAUCUUUUUCAAAUAUGAAAACAAAAAAUAAUUCCAAUGACCCUUUCCAGAGUUAUAUAUUAAUAGGACAUGUUUCUAUUUGACUUCUCUGAAUCAAAGUCAGAAACCUUGCUCCAGAAUUCAAGGAUGUGAACAGUCCAUCAAAGGACAAAAUAAUAAAGUAAAAUUCUUGAUGUGUUA